CCUUUGCCUUUUGACCGUCACGGAGCAUUAAAAAAAAAGUGAUCAACGGAAUUUCUUGACAAAUUGUUUUGAAUCUCGUAAAAGUUUAAAUGAGUGGAAAAAUGUGGAUGAUGAGUAAUUAAUGUGUUUAAUACGUGUUAUCCACAAAAGUUAUAGUAAUUAAUUUAUGGACUUCGUGAAUUCAGUGUGUCAUAUGGGGAUAGUGAUAGAGAAUGGCGUUACUCUUAAAGCAGCGAGAUUUGGUCGUAACGCUAAAAAAGGAGACUGUGUUAAAUAUUGAACUUCUUAGCAAGCUUCAUCCAACACCUCACGAGUUAUCUCGACUUAUUAAUAAAGAGAACUGGCUUGAGAAGCCAACACAAAACCUAUUUAAUCAUUUGUCGUUUUAUUUGGUCAAUAUUAUCGAUCAUGGAGCCUCAUUUACAUGGCCAUUAUACGAUACAAAUAGCGAAAGGAUGUAUAGAAGUGAAAUUUCAAAUUUUAUCAACAAUUACAGUAAUAAGGGGCUAUUAACUCCCGUAAUGUCGUCAUAUUUGGUCAAUCCUGCCUGUUACAAGGUAACAAUGCUUAUAUUCCAACUCUCCCAAUUGGCUGUACAAAGUGUGCUGACGCCUAAAAUGAGCGACCGCCAAAAAACAACAUACAAUAAAGUGACAGACAAAUAUAAGAAUAAAGAUGAAGAUUUUAACACACACAUAGAUAGUGAAACCCAAGUAAUGUUUGGAGAAUUAAAUUAUUGUUUCAAUAAGCGAAAAACGUACGAAAAAAUUGCUGAAUUAUUCCGAAAAGGUAUAUCAAGUAUGGAAGCAACUCUUAAAUCAACGAAUUCACAGAAUUUUCUUGAUAAUUUAGUCGAAACAUACAUAAAUAAAUAUCAACCAAAUGAACAUGUCAAAGAAAAAUUAUUAGAGAUGAAGGAUAUAAACAAACCUAGCAAUUUAUUUGAUGUAAGGCUUACAGAAGUAGAUAAUAAAAUAACAGAACUAGAAUCUAAUUGGGAAUCUUUAAUAACACCAUUAUUAUCUUCAGGAAGAGCCGCGGUAAAUAAUAGUAAAGAAUUAAUAGGCAGAAGAACUGGUGAAGUUGAUAGAAAUCUAUUUAUCGUCGAAUAUAACUCACAAACAGACUCAAUAUCAACAUUACAACUCCAACAAUAUGUAAAUACUGAACAAAAGUAUAUUUUAAAAAACAUAGAGAAAGAUGGUAAAUUGAAUUAUCCCAAUUUGAUACGUAGUUUCCUCAUAGCUAUAUGUUAUAUAUUAAAAAAUAAUAAUAUUGGCAAUGAAAUAGAUAAAUUUAAUGAUUAUUUAGAUAAUGGGGUUAAGAGUUAUUCCGAAAUCAAGACUGCAAUGGAAAUGUUAAAUGAGAGAGUUUUAAAUGCUGAAUCUAAACUUCCGGUAGUCCGAACAAUCAUGAGUCAAACGCAAUCAAAGAAAGCUGUAGAAAUGCCACCAUUACCCGAUUUAUCAAUACUGAAAACACACAGAGACAAGCAAUUCUUAUUUGAAAACUUCACACCGAUGCGUAUGUCAAAACAUGAGUUUAAUCUACAAAGAAAAGCAAAUUUAUACUUCAACGGACCACAGACAAAAUCAUUAACAACAUUAUUCUCGGUAUCUCGAGAUGAUUUUCUUAAAUCACGCAUAUCAAGUAAAUUAUAUGAUAUUUCCAAUGCUACACAAAAUUACCAUAAUUUCUCUUUAAUAUCUCAUGGUAAUAAAGUAAAUGAAACGAUAGCAGAAUGUUCCUCCGGUUUUACUACACAACAAAUAACAAGAUUACUGUCAACUAAGAAAACAAGUAGCUCUAAAAAGUUUAAAUAUAGAACGGAAAGGCCAGAGAUAAUAAAAAAAGGUUGUCUAUUCAAUGAAUCAUCUACCAGUGAAAGUGGAGGACUAUUCCGAAGUCAUUCGUCACCGAAUCUUUUCGAAAAUGUAGAGAGGAAGCCAUUAAGUAAAUUAAGACCGAGGAAAUUAUCUAUAAUGCAAGAAGAUAGUCCGAAUUCCCUUUUAGAAGUGUCAGGAAUCGCUAUUUUAGAUAAAAAUAGUAAUUGCAAUACACCACAGAGUCCUAAACAUGAGAAUAAAUCAAAUCCCCAAGUAAUAAUUACACCGUUUUCCAAAAAGAGUCCUAUUUUAAAAUCAGUCAACUUUAAUAUGGAUGAAAUAGACUAUGAUAGCCAAAGUCCAUAUGUCCAAACAAAUUUAACACCAAAAACGAACGGACAGCUUAUAGUUAAAACAAAUUCGUUGGAGAAAAUUAUAAAUCGUUAUAAGAAAGUACGUGCGGUUGCCAUGGAAACGGAACAAAAUGUUUGUAGAACGAUUGUCGAAGAGAACAGUAAGCAAGUUUCGACUAUUUUGCCAGAUAUAGUGACUGCAACUCCUGAUAUGCCGUUCAAUGAAGAUUGGUUUUUAAAUAUGGAUGAUGAACAACUAAGAAGGACUAGACAGAGUCUUGGUACAGUUUUAGGUGUAGAUCAUACCUUUUUGGACUCAUGUGAUGUAAUUGACUGAUAAAAUGGACUGGUUAAAGUGAAUAAGAGAAUCUUUAUUUAAUUACCCACUAACUGAAAAGGCUAUGCAAUGGUGUGUAAAGCCAAAAUGUCUGGUCUUUGAGUCUAAAGUGCAAGCAAAGUUUUAUGAAUUAUUUCAAGUAAUGGCCUGUCCCACCACUGUCUGAUAGAGGCUGAGAUAGCUUAAAAUGAUAUUACUGUCUGAUAAACUAACAAAAUCCAAUAUUUCCAUCGUAUAUUUUACAUGAUGGAUUGUUAUCUGAUAAUUUACAAGAAUUUGGUAGGACUG